AUGAUACUCGUAUUCCAUGACAAAUUUUCUAAAUGGGUAGAGAUUGUAUCACUCCGGAAAGCGACGACAGAGGGCCUGAGUAAGUCUUUCCGGGAGCGAAUCCUUGCUCGAUUCGGCGUUUCGAAGGUUCUGGUGACGGAUAACGGAGCGCAAUUCACCAGUCCUUAUACCCCACAGGAAAACACGACAGAGAAAACGAACCGUAACGUGAAACGGAUCAAAGCAGAAAUUAUGCUAGCAUUGAAUACUAGCGUCUGUGAAUCCAUCGGCUACAGCCCGGCAUCCCUAACACAAGGACGCGAGCCGAGACUCCCAAGGGCAGUCUACGAUGAGACCACGUUCGGCACGGGGCUGAACUCAACGACGCCAAACGAGAAGGCCACAACACUAAAGGAGUAUUCAUUCUGGUGCACCAAAACCAACAGCGGGGAUCAGCGGAACAAUCGCGGCACUAUAACCUACGGAGGAGACAAUGGAGACCAGCCAUAG